ACCGUCACCGUGGAUAUCUCCCUCCUCCUCAAGGCUCCGGACUCAAAUGAGUCUUCACCAUCGCCAACAGGCAUACAGCAGACGCGAUCACUUUCUGUCCCGUCAUCGGGUAAAGAGGAGGGUGCUGCAUAUGCACUUGCCAACCCUAGCACAGGAGGGAGUGGCAAACGCAGCAUGCCUCCCCAUCCAUCAGAGUCUCCUGCUAAGAAGCAGAGCAAGUGGACCUCAGAGGAAGAUGCUCUGAUUAUUGAUCUAAGAGGGGGUGGAAUGAAGUGGGAAGACAUUUCCAAGAGACUUCCAGGACGUAGCGCGAUUAGCUGCCGGUUGCAUUAUCAGAACUACCUGGAAAGACGCAGUGAAUGGGAUGAAGAACGGAAGAACAAGCUGGCGAGACUUUACGAAAGGUUCAAGCCAGAAAUGUGGUCAAAAGUCGCCGAAGAAAUGGCAAUACCAUGGCGCGCCGCUGAGGCAAUGCACUGGCAGCUCGGCGAAGCAGACAUGGCUCGUCGGGCCGGCGUCGUACCUUUCUCCCUCUCCAGCGUCACACUUGACCCGCCACAACCAGGGCACCGGUUAUCACCCCCUCACGGCCACUCACACUCUCAGUCCUACUCCGGAGCACCUAGCGCGGCCCCAACCAAUUCUAGAUACGGCCGACCAAGUACUGCGCAAGGUGUCCCGAGCAGUAUCAGCAGCGGAAGAAGUUCAUCGAGAACGAUUGCAGCCCGAAAGGAAAGCACGCCGAGGUCAGUGCCGCCUCCGAGUCCGGGCGAAGGGCUUGCUUUGGCUGCUAUUGGGGGUGGAAUGGCUAUGGGUAGAGGUGCAGGUCAGAUGCUUCCCAGUGUUGCGGAGAUGACGACGGGUGUCAGUCCGUACAAUGCGCCUGCGUAUGCUAUGUCGAUGCCCAUGGGCGGAGGAUACUCGAGCCCACAGCAGAUGGUCCCUGGUGUAAAUUGGAUGCCUCCUAGACCUGAGAGCAAGAGGAGAGGAAGCCCGGAAGUGGGCCCAAGGGAGACAAAUCGGCGAAGACAGUGA